UACACCAAAGCGAAAAAGGAUGAGGAAUUUUUAUUUUUUGCAGCGAAAAAAGGAAGGGGAAUUUGUUCAACGUUGGAUGAACUUUAUCCGCAGAAUUAUCGGCUGAUCCGUGAUCCUCGUGAAGGAUUAGAAUUAUAGAAUUUGGUAUGGCGACGAGUAAAAGAGAUGUUUUGUAAAUAGACACACACUAUGAUGACUCCUUUUAUCUCCCGAGAGUACAGAUAAGACUUUAUCCUUCUACAAAAAGGUUUGCGUAUUAGUGUAUACGUCCAACACUGUUGCUGUUGAGCGUUUUCGUUACGACAUUAUUAGCUAUAUAUAAUAAGAGGGUGAGUCUGAGAGAUAGUAGGUGAAGUGUCAAGGGGAGAGAAGCUAUGAAAAUGGAGACAAGUGGUGUGUGCAUGCUUGCAUCCAUGUUGAUGUUGUGCUCAUUGUCUUCAAUGGCGCCGAGUGUUGUUUCUGCUGCAUCAACAACGACUAGGAUGUUGCUGCCUCCGAAUACCAAAUUCGAGUAUUACAGCGACAGACUCAGACGAAAUCUGCUCGCCAAUGGGCUUGGUUCCACUCCUCCCAUGGGGUGGAAUAGUUGGAAUCACUUCAGCUGCAAAAUAGAUGAGAACAUGAUCAAAGAAACUGCUGAUGCUCUGAUCUCUACUGGUCUUGCUAAGCUGGGAUAUACCUAUGUUAAUAUAGAUGACUGCUGGGCUGAAAUAGUUCGCGAUGUCAAGGGUAAUCUAGUUCCUAAGAACUCAACAUUUCCAUCUGGCAUCAAAGCUCUUGCAGACUAUGUUCACAGGAAGGGUCUUAAGCUAGGAAUCUACUCAGAUGCAGGGUAUUAUACUUGUAGCAAAACUAUGCCGGGUUCACUUGGUCACGAGGAGCAAGAUGCCAAAACAUUUGCUUCAUGGGGUAUUGAUUAUUUGAAGUAUGAUAACUGUAACACUGAUGGAUCGAAGCCAACUGUUAGAUACCCAGUAAUGACCCGAGCACUAAUGAAAGCAGGCCGCCCAAUCUUUUUCUCGCUUUGUGAAUGGGGAGACUUGCAUCCCGCUCUAUGGGGGUUUAAGCUAGGAAAUAGCUGGAGAACUACUAAUGACAUCAAUGAUUCAUGGGAAAGUAUGCUCUCCAGAGCAGACAUGAAUGAAGUAUACGCAGAGCUUGCAAGGCCUGGUGGUUGGAAUGAUCCUGACAUGCUUGAGGUGGGAAAUGGAGGGAUGAAGAAGGAUGAAUAUAUAGUUCACUUCAGUAUAUGGGCUAUUUCCAAGGCUCCCCUUCUCCUUGGUUGUGAUGUGAGGAACAUGACAAAAGAGACAAUGGAGAUUGUUGCCAAUGAAGAGGUUAUUGCAGUUAACCAAGAUCCUCUUGGUAUACAGGCCAAAAAGGUUAGGAGUGAAGGUGAUCUUGAGAUUUGGGCAGGGCCUCUUACAGGGUAUAGACAAGCUCUGCUCCUAGUCAACCGUGGUCCUGGGCGUGUUUCAAUUACAGCUUACUGGGAUGACAUCGGAAUUCCUCCAAAUAGUGUUGCAGAGGCAAGAGAUCUUUGGGAGCACAAGACAUUGAAGACACGAUUCGUUGGAAACUUGACAGCCACCAUGGAUUCUCAUGCAUGCAAAAUGUACGUGUUGAAGCCGAUUGCUUGAGGUCAAUCACAAAUAAAUUUACUUUGAGAAGUACAAGAUGUCAUGGGUCUUUUCUAUUGUUCCUUACCCAAAAUUUAUUGGAAUUUUAGUGGGUCUGUUAUGAAGGAUUAUUCACUUCAUUAGUGUUUUAUUGGUUUACUA